AUGCACCUAACAUGGAUGAAUUUGCUAAUUAUCUUCAUUUCAACCCGGAAAAUCGGUAGUUACGCGCAGGAAAUUUCUAGAGGAACGCGAGAAUCGAGUGAGGGGAUAUCUUGUAAUGGACCAGAGAAUUUAUCUCAGAAAAAAUCAUCAAAUAUCGCCCAAAAAGCUGCCCAACAGGCGAAAGCUGCGUCCGAUGCCCAGAAUAUAGCGGGCGCCCAAGCUGCCCAUCAAGUCAAGGCUCAACUUGCGGAAAAGGCACUGGAAGCGGCGAAAGUAGUUGAAGUUGAAUUAUCGGGCAAAGAAUCUAUUGUCGCUCAACUGCAACAGGAAGUCAGAGAGGCGGAAGCAGUCGUGAGAGAAGAAAUGGCGGCAAUUCACCAGACUAAACAACACGUAGAUCGAUCCGUGCAAGCAGCAUCGCAAGCAGAACAAGAGUUGAAGACGCUGAAUCAAGCUCUCCAGGCGGGCCAAGUAAACCUCCAGAAUGCAGAACGCGCAGCUCAAGGAGCUCAACACGAGCUAACGGAGAAGCACCACUUGGUAGAGGCUGCUAAACACCGAUUGACGGAGCUCUCGAAGAGAUCGAAAUGCGCCAAAACCGACCUCGAGACGACGCGUCAAGCUGUGCAGAAGGCCAAUGCAGCAGCCCAUCAGGCGAAAAUCAAUGCCGCUAGGAACAAGCGGGACCCACUUCUACCAUCCGAAGGAUGA